AUGAACGACAGUAUCGGUAGUGUACAAUCAGCCUUACAAUGUAUCACGGCUCAAACUGAUCCUGAAACCAAGAAACAGGCGCUGCAUUUCUUGGAAGAGUACCAAAAGUCAUCGGAAUCGUGGACCGUCUGCCAUAGUAUUCUCGCUUCACAGGAUAGCCAGUAUGGUGUGGAACUUCAGGUUUUCGCAGCACAAACGCUGCGAAACAAGGUGACGUACGACUUGGCUCAGUUGGGAGAUCAGUUGGUCGAUUUCAAGAGCUCACUUUUGGAACUCAUCACCAAACAUUCCCAAAAAUUGAUAGUCACACAAUUGUGCGUGGCACUAGCGCGGCUGGCCAUUCAGUAUCUGGAAUGGAAAGCGCCCAUCGCCGAAAUCAUAGAAAAUCUAAGCCAAUGCCCCGAUAGAUUAGUAGAAUUCUUGAAAAUUCUGCCAGAGGAAACGCUAGAUAUCAAAUCCACUCCGUUGAGUGAGGAUGAGUUCCAGUCCAGGACUCAUGAACUCAUAGAUAGCAUAGCCACUGAUGUUAUGGAGUACCUGGUCGGUCUCGUAGAGGCCCUAGGAACCCCAGCCUCUAUCGUGACUGUGUCCCAAUUACUCAACUGCAUCAAUUCCUGGGCUUACGAGUUUCCCAUCGACAAACUGAUCAGAAUUAACAGCCUGAUGGCCCUCAUAUUCCAAGUGUUAAACCAAGGUCCGGAAGCAGACCCUGAAUCAUUCGAUGUUGCCGUUGAAUGUCUCUGUACCAUAUUAAAAGAGACUCGAGAGGUCGCAGACGAAACGAUCACCUCGGCUUUAUAUGAACAACUUAUGGCUUUACAGUCUAGGAUACUUCCUAUCAAUAGCUUGGAAGAUCUCGAAGAUCACGUCGAGACCAUGGACGGACUAACACGAAUUUUCGUCGAAGCUGGGGAGGCUUGGUGCGUUUUAAUCGCCAAGACACCGGCAAUUUUUAAACCUUUGGUAUCAAUUCUUCUGAUUCUCACAUGCAAAAACACUGACCUUGACGUUGUUAAGUACACAUUUCCAUUUUGGUUCAAUCUCAAGCAAAUGCUUGUACUGCCGCGCUUUAGCGAGCAACGCUCAGAAUAUGCGGAUAUCUACGGUGAGCUCAUAGAUGGUAUCAUAGCACACUUGCAUUAUCCUGAAGGUGGGUUUUCCAGUAGAGAGGAACAGGACAAGUUCAAGGAAUUUCGUUAUGACAUGGGAGGAGUUUUGAAAGACUGCACUGCCGUCGUUGGGUCUUCCAAAGCUUUAAGCCGCCCCUAUGACAAAAUAAUGCUGGCAUUGAAUCGACCUGAGCCAUUGUCGCGUUGGCAGGAUUUGGAAGCACCGCUCUUCUCUCUAAGAACCAUGGCUCAUGAAGUGUCAAAAAACGAGUCUGUCAUGUUGCCACAGUUGAUUCAAGUUCUCUGCAAAAUACCGGAACAUCCCAAAGUGAGAUAUGCAACAACAUUGGUCUUUGGCAGGUACACUGAGUGGACUGCAAAACACCCUGAGUUCCUUGAGAUGGAACUAAAUUAUAUUUUUGAUGGUUUUCAACACGCCAACGGUAAUGUUGACAUUCUCACAGCGUCUUCGCAUGCCCUGAUGUACUUUUGUCAAGAUUGCAGCACACUGUUGAGUAACUACGUCGAGCAGUUGAUCGACUUUUUCUGGAAAAUUGAGCCAGUAGUCGAACCACAAUCUUUGUUUGAAGUCGGCCAAGGUUUGAGCUGCGUGAUAGAUCGGCAAUCAGAUGAAAGGGUGGGGCCUGUUUUGGAACUUUUCAUUAUGCCCCAUUUACAAAAACUCAACACUGCGGCUGUGCAAUGGAAACAAAAUCCAGCAAAUAGCACUGCCACUACUGCAAUUUGUGAUACAAUUGACCUGAUAUUCGCUGCCUUCGAAGAACUCAAGCCUCGCUUUGAGAGCCCUGACAUUGGCCAAGACCCAGUUGAGCCAUGCAUAAAAUCCAUAUGGGAUACACUUCGGGCCCUUCUAGUUGACGGAGGGGCAAUGAACAAUCAUGAGAUCGCAGAAAUCGCUAUGAAGUGGCUGCGGAAGGUAUUUUUAAACUUUCAUGUUUUCGCCACUUCCGUUCUACCCUCAGCUGCAAAUUUCCUCGCUGAAGCUUAUGCAGCAACGGGACUUGGAAUAUAUCUAUGGUGCUCGGGCUCUAUUAUAGCUGUUUUUGGUGACGACGAAUCAUUUCCGAUUGAUGCUCAGACAAAAGAAGCUGUUUGGCAAUUUUCCUGCACUCAAUGUGUGACGUUCAUGAAUACUUUCAACGCCGCUAGCGAAGAGGCUCUUGAACAGUAUCAGGAAUCUGUUCAGGAUUUUUUCAUGAUGCUGACUGAUAUUGUCAUGUUUUUCCCGGGACAUUUUCUCCAAGCCAACGCGCUUUUAGGUCCUUCCUUCUCAAUGGGUCUAACAUGCGUCACGAAAAUGGCUAAUUAUGAUGCGUAUAUUACUGUGAUACGCUUCUUCGAUGAUGUCUUAUCAUGGGGGUUUGAGACCCCACCGAUUUCUACAGCUGCGCUCGAUUUUGUUCCUGAAAAAUGGAGAGAGAAAGUGUUACGUGAAGUGGUAGAAUCACAAGGGGCUCAAUUGAUCCAGGCAAUUAUGUCAGGCCUUGUCACUAACUUCAACAGCGACUCCCACCCUGACGCAAUUGGCUGUAUGGUAAGAACUCUCAGACUAUGUUUGCAAUGUUCUGGCGGAGACCCCUCCGUAGCCUUGGGCUGGCUCAGUGGAGCCAUGGAUGUCAUAGGGAAGGUCACUGAUCAAGAGAGGUCGAAUCUUUUAACCACUGUCGGAAACGCUUUACCGCAAAGAGACAUGAGAAGAGUAAGAAACGGGUUGAAGGACUUCAUCACUUGGUACUUGAGAAAAAAUGUAUCUCCAAGGACAUACAAAUAA